ACGCAUCUAGACCGGCGUCGGUGACGUAGAAGCGAGAGAAACGAGAGCGAGAUCUCCGACGGCAGGCUCUCUCCUCCGUUUUGGCAAGGUAACGCUCGGGCCGUCAUCCGGCAUACUCGACCGCCGGUCCUUCCGUCGGGAUCAACGCGCGAGAAAUCGUCUGUUCGUUUUUUAACGCGAGUUACGGAGGCGGCUGUACGCGCGCGGUCCAUUCGCGCGCUCCACGCGAAUAUAAUUUACCGGAGGUAUAUUUUCAUCGAUCCUCCGGCGAGUAUCGACGAGUAACAGGCGGGUCCGUCCUCCCGUCCGUUCUCUCGGCGACCGACGCCGCCGCGCAAAUCGGAGCUUCCGACGCGAUCGAACGGCGAUGACGUGCCGUAAAGGGAUCGCGAACCACCUGUGAACCGAAUCGGAAACGCCAAGACGGGGAAUGGUCUUUGUGGAUUACGGAUACGUGCAACGAGCGUCUGUGACCCCAGCGCAACUGUGUGACACUGUUACAAAAUAUAUACGACGGACUGUAAUCGUGUGAUCGUGUAACAGUUACGUUGGUGUUAUACAGGAUAUUGAAAGCGAGUGACAGACUGUAAAUUGAGAAGAGUAAACUAACUCGUUCGUGACUAAGAUUGAUGACUAAUUGGAAGAUCAAGGAUAACAGACAUGAAAUACUUGAAAGUCGUGUUGUUCACGUUUAAUCUAUUAAUAUGGUUGGCUGGCUGCACGGUGCUCGUUAUAGGCGCGUGGCUGCUCCUGGAGCCCAGCAAGGGGCAUAUCCUCAAUCUUUUCGUGUCUGACGUCAAGCCGCACGAGACUAUCAAUCUGAUAGCCUACAGCCUCCUCGGGCUCGGCUUCAUCGUGCUCACGGUCGGCUUCUUCGGCUGCCGCGCCGCGCUACGCGGAAAUCAAUGCAUCCUCGCCACCUACAUGAGCAUGCUGGUCGCGCUCAUUGUCACGGAACUGGUGACGGCCGCGAUCGGCGGACUGAUGACAUUCCAGAUCCUCUCGGAUCUGGAGGAGAGGCUCACCAGCAAACUGGCGAUGGAAUACGGUCACGACAAGACCAGCGACAUCCCCUUCAGCCACAGUCUGGACUUCGCGCAAUAUAAGUUUAAUUGCUGCGGUGUAUACGGCGAUGACGAUUACAAUGGCACGGCUUGGUGGAGGGACGGUCAAAUCUCAGGGAGCAAGAGGCAUGUUCCCCUCACGUGUUGUGUUCUCAAAAAUAGCGAGAAUAAAAACACAGGCAGCCCGAUGAGCGUUGUUUCGAGGGUGUUUCACAAAAACAACGAGAAGCCAUGGCUGCAGCCGCUGCCAAAGGAUGAGGCCGCGUGUCAAGUAGAAGAUGGUGACGGUCACGCGGGAUAUAGACACAAAGAGGGCUGCCUUGGGAAAGUCACGAACUGGCUGCAGUUCGAGAGCUUCACAUUAGUGUUCCUCGGCAUGGCGAUGGCGGGAAUACAGACGUUCGGGAUAAUAACGUCCGCUUUCCUCUGCCGCACGAUAAGAGAUAUGCAGGAAGAAUGAUCCAGGGUUCGUAGUCUCAAUGAAGUAAAGAGAAUGUCGUGGCACGUUCAAUCUUUACAUUGACAACUUUGGGACAAGAAACAGAUUUGUUUUGUAUAUCUUCAUGUAUCGCUACUCGGAAGAUAUAUCCGAAAUCCAUUUUCGGUCUUGUGAGUCGGGACAACAAUCGAGAUUGGGAAUUACUCCCGCGGGGAAGAAAGUAAUCUAAAUGUUUGUUCUGUUCCACCAGAGGUGUCUGUUCAUUGAGAACUUCGAGAACGAAAUAACGAUAAGUGCUACGCCUGAGUUUUUUUAGAUCGAUUUCCACCCUCCCUCCCUCUGUGCGCGUUUUGCUGCCAAUCAGCAAUAAUGUGACCAAAAAAGAAAAACACAAGUCCCGCUGUACAUAUAAAACAUACGCAUCUGUGUCGUGUUCAAUCUAACUAACUUAAAUACUAAACAAUAAAUAGCGAUGUUACGAUAUGAUAUCGCUGGUGUCUCACGACGGAUCCAUCACGGCGGAGCUUGGCUAGCAAUGUAAAAUUGUUAUCCGUGGCGUUCUGCCGUCUUCUGUAAAUACACUUGCCAGUGCCAAGGAGGACCGGGGAUACAUGCGCCGCACGUGCGUGAGAACUUUCGAGUUAUUUUCUUCUUUGUGAAAAAUGUUUACCUGAUUUGCGGAUUUGUAAAAUAAUUUUUUCGCACAAAGUGUUGUACAUGAAUUUUUGAAGAGAUAUCAUAAUUUUUAACGAAUAAGAUA